AAGAAGAAAGAUGCUGAUUUGUCUGUGGCUCAGGGUCGCAUUAAGGAUCUUGAAGUGCUGUUCCAUAGAAGUGAAGCAGAACUCAAUACUGUCCUGAAUGAGAAGCGCAGUCUGGAAGCAGAGGUGGCUGAUUUGCGUGCCCAACUUGCUAAGGCUGAAGAUGGUCAUGCUGUGGCUAAGAAGCAGUUGGAGAAGGAGACACUCAUGCGUGUGGACCUGGAGAAUCGGUGCCAAAGCUUGCAAGAGGAUCUGGAUUUCAGGAAGAAUGUGUUUGAGGAGGAAAUAAGGGAAACAAGAAAACGACAUGAACAUCGUUUGGUCGAGGUGGACACGAGUCGCCAACAGGAGUAUGAAUCCAAAAUGACUCAGGCCCUGGAGGAUCUGCGAAAUCAACAUGAUGAACAAGUCAAACUGUACAAAAUGGAGCUUGAGCAGACCUAUCAGGCUAAGCUGGAGAAUGCCAAACUGUCCUCUGACCAAAAUGACAAAGCUGCUGGUGCAGCUCGAGAGGAGUUGAAGGAGGCUCGCAUGAGAAUAGAAGCUCUCAGCUACCAGCUUUCUGGCCUUCAGAAACAGGCUAGUGCAGCAGAAGAUCGCAUUCGUGAAUUGGAGGAAAUGAUGGCUGGUGAGCGGGAAAAGUUUAGGAAAAUGCUAGAUGCAAAGGAGAGGGAAAUGACAGAAAUGAGGGACCAGAUGCAGCAGCAGCUUACAGAGUACCAGGAACUGCUUGAUGUUAAAUUAGCGCUGGACAUGGAGAUCAGUGCUUACCGAAAACUCCUGGAAGGAGAAGAGGAAAGGUUGAAGCUCUCUCCAAGUCCCUCCUCCCGUGUUACAGUCUCUCGGGCUACCUCCAGCAGCAGCAGUAGCAGUACUUCACUUGUUCGCUCUUCCCGAGGCAAGAGAAAACGUAUUGAAGCAGAGGAGCUUUCAGGCAGCGGAACAAGUGGAAUUGGCACUGGAAGUAUUAGCGGCAGCAGUAGUAGCAGUAGCUUCCAAAUGUCCCAGCAAGCUUCAGCUACAGGAAGUAUCAGCAUAGAAGAGAUAGACCUGGAGGGCAAAUACGUUCAACUGAAGAACAACUCAGAGAAGGAUCAGUCUUUGGGUAACUGGAGACUGAAAAGACAAAUUGGAGAUGAAGAAGAAAUUGCUUACAAAUUUACUCCUAAGUAUGUCCUCAGAGCUGGGCAGACUGUAACAAUUUGGGGUGCAGAUGCAGGCGUAUCACAUAGCCCCCCUUCUGUUCUCGUGUGGAAGAAUCAAGGUAGCUGGGGCACUGGAGGAAAUAUCCGCACAUACCUUGUAAACUCUGAAGGAGAGGAAGUUGCAGUGAGAAGUGUUACUAAAUCAGUAGUCAUGCGAGAGAACGAAGAGGAAGAGGAUGAAGCAGAGUUUGGAGAAGAUGACCUCUUCAACCAACAGGGGGAUCCCAGAACAACCUCUAGAGGAUGCUCAGUGAUGUGAAGAAAGAAAAUAGAAACUAUUAUUUGCUUUUUUUUUUUCAUUUAUUUCCUUUUAUUUUUGCUAUUUUUUUCCCUCCAGAGCCACUGAAAACUAUUUUUAUAUACGCAUCAUCUGAUUUCUUUGAAGUUUGCUCCUUGGUACAUUUUUAUAAAAAAUUUCAAAAAAAACCUUUACUGAACAAAACUGCCAGAACUUUAAUAGAUUUCUUUAUUUUUCCCUCUGUUGAAACACUAUAUUGGAAUACAACAUUUUUCCCCAUGCAGAGUUUAAAAUCUUAUGUACAAACCUGCAGCAAAAAAGAAAUUUUUAGCUAAAAUGGGAUGAGACUCCUUGAGUGUAUGGUAAAUCUAUAAUUGCAUAUAUAACCAGGAUAACUAAAAAA